UGGCGAAAAAGAAAAACCCAAUUACUAGCCAUUGCCAGCUAGAAAAAGAACACGUGAAGUAUCCAACACCUGAAAACUCGCUCGUUCGCCGCGUGAAUUGUUCUGUUGAAGUAAACAAGACAAUCAUCCAUAGUACUAUCAAACACACUUCGUACUUUCCGAAUAAACCUCGUCACGCGUCAGACACGCGGUUCUUUUGCCAUUGGGACAACCUUCAAUCCAUUGCUCGGUUGUCUUUGAGUUGGUUUUGUAAUCCAAGUCAUUAAUCAUCAUCAUGAGUUCUAAACCACACUUAAAACAAGGGUUAUCUAUGGUUAAGAGGAUUCAUCAAUUGAGCAGUGAUAUGGAUCAAGAAUCUGAGAAUGGGAGAGGAAGUGUUGAUCAAGCUACUUACACGGUGCAAGUUCCUUCAACACCUGAUAACCAACCUAUUUCUCUUCAGAGGUCAACUUCUAGGAGAGUGGAGGAUCAAUACGCGUCGAGUUCUAUGUUUACAGGUGGAUUUAAUCAGGUUACGCGCGCCCAAUUGAAGGGUAGGGUGAUUGAAUCUGAAUCCAGCCAUCCGCAGAUGGCUGGGAGUAAAGGGUCGGCGUGUGGGAUGCCGGGGUGUGAUGGAAAGGUCAUGACUGAUGAAAGAGGGUUGGAAAUACUUCCUUGUGAGUGUGAUUUUAAGAUUUGUCGGGAUUGUUAUAGAGAUAGUAUGCGGAACGGUGAAGGGAUUUGUCCUGGAUGCAGGGAGGCUUAUAAGGAGCAAGAAACUGAUGAGGCUGCUGCUGUGCUUAAUCAACAGUCACUACCUUUGCCUCCAGGUGCCGACGCGUUGAAGAUGGAGAGGAGGUUGUCAAUAAUGAAAUCGGGGAAUUUGACGAGGAGUCAUACUAAUGAAUUUGAUCAUUCUUGGUUGUUUGAGACUAAAGGGAGUUAUGGAUAUGGAAAUGCUAUGUGGCCUAAAGAUCCUGAGAAUGGUGCUAGUUCUGGUUCAGGUUCUGAUUGGAUGGGUGGUGACCCUAAUGUUUUCAAGGAUAAGCCGUGGAAGCCGUUGACCCGGACAGUGAACAUUCCUGCUGCAAUUCUGACUCCUUAUCGGCUUAUAAUAUUAGUUCGGAUGGUGGUGCUCAUUUUCUUCCUUAAGUGGAGGGUAGAAAACCCCAACGAGGAUGCAAUGUGGCUGUGGGGGAUGUCAGUAGUUUGUGAAAUCUGGUUUGCAUUUUCCUGGCUUCUUGACCAGCUUCCUAAGCUCUUUCCGAUAAACCGUGUUGCUGAUCUUGACGUUUUGAAAGAGAAGUUCGAAACUCCUAGUGAACACAACCAAACAGGAAGAUCUGAUCUUCCGGGAAUUGAUAUGUUUGUGUCAACGGCAGAUCCAGAAAAAGAACCGCCGCUUGUCACUGCAAAUACUAUUCUUUCGAUUCUAGCUUGCAAUUAUCCGGUUGAAAAACUUUCAUGUUAUGUCUCUGACGAUGGUGGCUCGCUUCUUACUUUCGAGGCCAUGGCAGAGGCAGCAAGUUUUGCCGAAUUGUGGGUUCCAUUUUGUCGGAAGCACGAUAUUGAACCGAGGAACCCGGAAUCUUAUUUUAGUCUGAAGAGAGAUCCCUACAAGAACAAAGUACGUUCUGACUUUGUAAGGGACCGUAGGAAGGUGAAGCGCGAGUACGAGGAAUUCAAGGUUCGGAUUAACGGCCUUCCUGAUUCAAUCCAGAGGCGCGCAGAUGCUUAUAAUACUAGAGAGGAGAUCAAAGCUAUGAAGCAGUGGAGAGAGGCUGGAAGUGGAAACGAUGUUGAACUGAUGGAGAGUUUGAAAAUUUCUAAAGCUACAUGGAUGGCUGAUGGUACUCACUGGCCUGGGACUUGGACAACUCCUGCACCGGAGCAUUCUCGGGGUGAUCAUUCCAGUAUCAUACAGGUAAUGUUGAAACCUCCAAGUGAUGAGCCACUGACCGGCGCAGAAUCAGAGUCAAAUGCAAUGGAUUUGACUGAAGUUGAUAUUCGCCUUCCUAUGCUUGUCUAUGUUUCUCGUGAAAAACGACCUGGCUAUGAUCACAACAAGAAAGCCGGGGCCAUGAAUGCCUUGGUUCGAGCUUCAGCUAUUAUGUCCAAUGGAGCUUUCAUACUUAAUCUUGACUGUGACCAUUACAUAUACAACUCCGAGGCAGUGAGGGAAGGCAUGUGCUACAUGAUGGACCGCGAUGGGGACAAAAUCUGCUAUGUUCAAUUUCCUCAAAGGUUUGAAGGAAUAGACCCUUCUGAUCGCUAUGCUAAUCAUAACACUGUCUUCUUUGACGUCAAUAUGCGAGCUCUCGAUGGUAUUCAGGGUCCUUUUUAUGUCGGUACCGGAUGUCUAUUCCGAAGAACUGCACUUUAUGGCUUUGAUCCACCUCGGCUGCAAGAAGUGGUCACCGGUUGGUUUGGUAGUAAGAAAAAGAAAUCCUCAACAGUUGCCUCAGUCCCUGAAGAAAUUUCUCUAGAGAAACAAUACUUGAAUGGUAGCAUCGAUGAUGAAGAAAUGAGUACUGCUCUUAUUCCUAAGAAAUUUGGAGAUUCGAGUCGUUUUGUUGAUUCAAUCAGAAAGGCAGAGUUCCAAGGUAGACCACUUGCAGAUCACCCGUCUAUAAAAAAUGGACGUGAUCCCGGUGGUCUAACAAGUCCUCGAGAUCUCCUCAAAGCUUCUAUUGUUGCUGAUGCCAUCAACGCCAUCUCUUGUUGGUAUGAAGACAAGACUGAAUGGGGAGAUAGGGUCGGAUGGAUUUACGGUUCUGUAACCGAGGAUGUUGUGACUGGUUAUAGAAUGCACAAUAGAGGAUGGAAGUCUAUAUAUUGUGUGACAAAGAGGGAUGCCUUCCGGGGUACUGCUCCAAUCAAUCUUACCGACCGGCUUCACCAAGUUCUUCGAUGGGCAACUGGCUCAGUCGAAAUAUUCUUUUCGCGCAACAACGCUCUUGUGGCCAAUUCUAGAUUGAAAUUCUUGCAAAGGAUUGGUUACCUUAAUGUUGGAAUCUAUCCAUUCACUUCAUUCUUCCUUAUUGUUUACUGCUUCCUCCCAGCUCUUUCGCUUUUCACCGGUCAGUUCAUCGUCCAAUCCCUCAAAGUCACUUUCUUAGUCUACCUCUUGGGAAUCACAGUCACACUUAUUCUUCUGGCUAUUCUCGAGAUCAAAUGGUCCGGUAUCGAACUCGAAGAUUGGUGGAGGAACGAACAAUUUUGGCUAAUCGGAGGCACAAGUGCACAUUUUGCCGCCGUUCUUCAAGGUCUACUUAAGGUAUUAGCCGGCAUUGAGAUUUCUUUCACAUUAACAUCAAAAUCAUCUGGCGAUGAAGAAAACGACGAAUACGCCGAUCUAUACAUAAUCAAAUGGAGCUCGUUGAUGAUUCCACCACUCACAAUCAUGAUGGUUAAUGUAAUCGCAAUUGCGGUUGCGGUUAGUAGGACUAUAUACAGCGAUGAUCGUCAAUGGAGUAGUUUACUCGGAGGCGUAUUCUUUAGCUUUUGGGUCUUGGCUCAUUUAUAUCCAUUUGCAAAAGGACUUAUGGGAAGAAGAGGUAGAACACCAACUAUAGUGUUUGUUUGGUCAGCUUUAAUAUCAAUCACUAUAUCACUUCUAUGGGUUGCUAUUAAUCCUCCUUCUGGUAAUAAUAAUCAAAUUGGAGGCUCAUUCCAAUUCCCUUGAUUUUCUAGUGAUUACUUUUGAAGUAGCACUUGUAAGUAACUAUUAAAGGGUUUUUUUUCGGUUGUUAACAUUUUUUUUUAGUUAUCUUAUCAUUCAUUGUUUGCUAAGAAACUAUUGCUUACAUUACUAUUUAUCACAGAAAGAAAUAUAUCAUACAUUCUUUUUAUUCUCAUUCAGUGCUUCUCUAUGGUUGUGACAUUUUCUUAGGGGAGUUUUAUCAAGUGGAGAAAAUUUUGGUGUUAGAUUUACAUUACAUUGCGACAUUGCGUUGCCUAGGUAGGGGUACGUCGUACGUUAAUAUAUGAAACAUUAGAAAAAAUAUUUUUAAGUGAAUUACUCUCGUCAUCCUUACGUCGUAUGUUUAUUCACCCAACAUCAUUAUUUUUGAAGUUCCUAGAUAAAUGAAUGGAAGGGUGCAA